AUGAUGUCCAUGUCUCCCUGGUACUUGUCCUGGCUGGUGAGCCUGACGACCUCAGCUUUGGCUGCAAGUCCAGCGGAUUGGCGCACUCAGUCGAUUUAUUUCAUGCUCACCGAUCGAUUUGCGAGGACUGAUAAUUCGACUACUGCUAGUUGUGAUGCAUCAAUGGGUGUCUACUGUGGUGGUUCCUGGCAGGGAAUCAUCAACCAUCUUGAUUACAUCCAAAACAUGGGAUUCACUGCCAUUUGGAUUACACCAGUCACAGAACAACUCUCACAAGAGACUGCUGAUGGAGAGGCAUACCACGGGUACUGGCAGCAGGAUAUCUACUCCAUCAAUUCGAACUAUGGCACCGCUGACGAUCUCAAGUCUCUAGCCUCGGCCCUUCAUGAUCGGAACAUGUAUCUGAUGGUCGAUGUUGUUACCAAUCACAUGGGAUAUGCCGGUGCCGGUGAUGCAGUAGACUACAGUGUUUUCAACCCCUUUAACUCGCAAGACUACUUCCACUCCUACUGCGAGAUAACCGACUACUCCAAUCUAACUAUGGUCGAGCAAUGCUGGGAGGGAGACACGAUCGUCUCUCUCCCAGAUCUUGAUACAAAGUCUGAGACUGUCCAAACUAUGUGGAAUGACUGGAUUACGGGUCUCGUUUCCAAUUACUCUAUUGAUGGUCUGCGAAUUGACUCAGUACUGGAAGUCCAGAAGGAUUUCUGGUCUGGGUUUGAAAGUGCUGCUGGCGUCUACUGUAUCGGAGAGGUUGACAAUGGUGACGCGACCUUGGUCUGUCCCUAUCAAGACGUCAUGGAUGGCGUUCUUGACUACCCUAUGUACUACCCCCUUCUCAGAGCCUUCGAGUCCUCCAGGGGAAGCAUUAGUGAUCUGUAUGAUAUGAUCAACACGAUAAAAUUAGACUGCUCCGACUCUACCCUCCUGGGCACAUUCGUUGAAAACCAUGAUAAUCCACGAUUUGCAUCAUACACGGACGAUACGUCUCUUGCCAAGAACGCAGCCACGUUCACCAUCAUGUCAGACGGCAUUCCAAUCAUUUACGCAGGCCAAGAGCAGCACUACAGUGGCAGCUCGGUCCCUAGCAACCGCGAAGCGGUCUGGCUAUCAGGAUACGACACUAAUAGCGAGUUAUACCAGCUAAUCGCACAAGUAAACGCAAUUCGAAACCAAGCUAUCUACGCAGCGGAAGACUAUAUCACAUACAAGAAUUACCCAAUCUACCAAGACGAUAACACGCUAGCCAUGCGAAAAGGCUACGACGGAUCCCAGACCAUUACGAUUCUCUCUAAUCUAGGCACCGGCGGAAGUGAAUAUACCCUUUCAUUAUCCGGUACAGGCUACGAGUCGGGAUGCAUCGUGACUGAGAUUUUCACAUGCACCAAUAUCACAAUUGAUAACAAUGGAGAUGUAUCAGUUGCAAUGAAUAGUGGAGAGCCGCGGAUUUUGUAUCCCAGUUCGAAGCUUAGCGGGUCCACACUGUGUUCAUAG